GCGGCGAAGGAUUGUGCUAUGAAGACCACGUGACAGAACACGUACGGAAGUGACGCGUGGUGCUCAAAAGAGUUAAGCAAAGCAUCUGGGAACAAAACACCAGCUAGCUCAGUUUUUAUUUAACAGCGGAGGACCGGAGCUGGGAGCAAACACACGGCGGAAACGGUUGACACUACUAUAAGCAGACAGACGCCAUGAAUCCUGUAUACAGCCCUGCACCAACAGGGGUCCCCUUCACCAACACAAAGGGUUUGAGCUAUCCAGCCGGAUUCCCUGUUGGAUACGCGACCGCUGCACCGGCAUACAGUCCCAGUGUUUAUGCUGGAGCAAACCCGGGCUUCUCCAGCGGCUAUGCCACUGGCACUGCUUUCAAAAUGUCCUGCUCUCCCAACACGGGGACCGUCCCGCCGUACUCCUCCUCCCCGAACCCAUACGCCGCCGUUUACCCUGUGAGGAGCACCUAUCCCCAGCAGAGCCCUUACGCACAGGCGCUAAUACCGUCACAACAGCAAGGCACCUAUUACACGCAGCCGCUGUACGCUGCUCCGCCUCACGUCAUCCAUCACACGACGGUGGUCCAGCCCAACGGGAUGCCCGCAGCCAUGUAUGCCCCGCCCAUCCCUCACUCUCGCCCCAACGGUGUAACCAUGGGGAUGGUAGCGGGCACAACCAUGGCCAUGUCAGCAGGAACUUUGCUGACAAGUCCAUCACCUGCACCCGUUGCCCCCCAUCAAGUUACGAUGCCCACAUAUCGGGCCCCUGGCACCCCCAGCUACAGUUAUGUGCCGUCACAGUGGUGAAGACACUGAAGCGUCGCAAAGGCGUUAGAUAUGCAUUCACACUCUACUCCAGUGUUUUUCGCUCUCGGCAGCGGCCUGCCCUCGCAGCGUCCGCAACCACUUAGUCUUCUUCCAGCAUAAUGUGAAUCUAAAACCCAACUAACAUAGAUCAGAGCCCCGUUCCAACAUGGAGGGGGCUUGGAAGGAUAGGGACCCAUGUACACCCCUCCUUUGUCCCCCUUAUAUCAACAAGGCUGCAUUCCCCCCCCCCUUUCCUUCCAGUCCCUGCCAGCAUCAGCACCUCUGCAGCCUGGCCUCAUAUCUCGCAUCAAACUGCAAAAAAGGAAAAAAAAAAAACAAAAACAUAAAAAAACCUCCAGGCGAACCUUUUGCGGACUGUCAUGCAGGUUUUUAUAGCUUAAACUCUGAAGUGGUAAAAAAGGGAGUUCUGUUUUCUUUUUCUGUUUAUUUUUUAUUAUUAUUAUUAUUAUUAUUAUUUGGAGGAUACCUAUGACGUUGAAUGCAUGUGUGUGUGUAUAUAAAUAUAUAUAUAUAUAUAUAUAUAGAUAUAUGAAGUAAUGCUAGCUUGAUCUACCUGCUGUGACAGAUGCAAAGUCAAUAAAAGGCACACGUCCAAAGGAACUAAAAAAGAAAAAAAAAAAGUAAUAAUCUGCAAUGCUGAAUCACCAGUGACCGUCUCAUAAAUGUGAAAAAACGUGCCUGCGUACCCCAACGCAGAGUCUUACCAUUUCCACUGCUUUCGAUAUGUAACGCGAGUUCUUCAUUGUUUCUUCAAAUGACGCAGCGUCUUCACUUUUUUUGUGUGUGUGUAUUUUAGGGGGGAAAAUAAAGAGACGGGGAGUGUUUGACUUCGUGCCUCUGACUGACAGCCAUUCCGCAACUUAACCAGCUCGAGUGUUUCAUUUCUUUUUCUUCUCCUGUGUUUUUAGGAAAAGCUGCUUUCUAAAAAAAAAAAAAAAAAUAGAAAAAAAGACCAAAAGCAGUUUCGGCCUGUUAGAGCUGCGGCGUCUUCGUUUUGGCCAGAAGUGUUCUUUUAGCAAGGAACGGAGAGAAGUUGGGGCAAUCGUUUGACGAGAACGAAUGAAUGGGAUCGCCGUUUUGUGUUUGUGUGUGUGUGUGUGUGCGCGCGCGCGUAAAAGAAACGGUCUUAAUGUUGAAAAAAAAAGAGAAAAACAAAAAGCGGUGCCAUACAAGUGCAACAUGCUUUAAACGUUCACAUCAAGAUAGUUUGUGUCCAGGUAGCUCUGACGCACUACAGCAUUAAAUCACUGCUAACUGUGGCUAUGUUAGGAAAACAUCAUAACGUUCAAGUCCAGUUGUGAAUAGCACAACUGAAUGAAGGCACUAAGUGAAAACAGUUUAAGAUUUUUGUUUUUGUUUUUACCCUUCGACAUGGCUCGCUGUCUUACCUCAAAGUAAUCCCACCAGUAUCACUCGUUUCAGACAUGCUUUUUCUAUGUUGCCUCGGUCACCUCAGUUAAAUAAUCUGUUUUGUAAAUGUUAUUUUUGUGAUUUUGGUUCAUGUUUUGUACUCUAAAAAUAAAAACCAACUAUAAGGGAAAA